AUGGUGGCUCAGACUUGCAAAGAGCUACAAGAAACCAACAACAGACAACAAAAUGAGAUCAAUACUUUACAUUCGAAGGUAAACAAUCUAGCCUUACAACUCAGUACUAUGUCGACUAAAGAUGAUCUUCAGUCGAUGAAGAUUGAGAUGGGUACCAGUAUGCAAGCUCUUAAGGAAGAUAUUGGAAAAAGUAUUGAAAAGAAUAUUCAAUCUCAGUUGGAUUUUUUUUUUCUAAUCGAGAUCUUAACAAAAAAUCAAGAUGCUUCAAGUUCAAAUACAAGUGGAUUUCAUUCUAAUUUUCACUCUGGGGGUCGUGAUUCUACUCAAUUUCAUCGCAUGCCUAAGCUGGAUUUUCCUAGAUUUGAUGGUGAUAAUCCAAAGAGCUGGAUCCAAAAGUGUGAAUACUAUUUCCAGAUGCACAACAUCAAUGAGCCACGAAAGACACGGAUGGCAGCAAUACAUCUUGAUGGUAAGGCCAAUAAAUUGUAUGAUAACUUUUGUCUUACUCAAACUGAUAUUACUUGGCCAUAUUUCUGUAAUAAUGUGUGUGCCAUAUUCGAAAACCCUGCACAGGACAACAUAGUUGGAUUAUUCAAUAAAUUAGCUCAGCUUACUAUUGUUGAUGCUUAUUUUGAAGAAUUUGAGUAUUACAAGGCCUUAUUAUUGGGUAUUCAUCAUGAUUUUCCUGAGUCUUAUUUCAUUGCUAGCUUUAUUGGUGGUUUGAAAGAGGAGAUAAGAAGCUCAGUUCUUAUGUUUGAUCCCAAAAAACUCCUUCAUGCUUUUUCACUUGUUAGAAUGCAAGAAAAAACCCUUGUCAUGCAACAAAAGAAAUCUCCUUUAAUUCCCCCUACUUCCACUCCAAUUCCUCCACCAAAACCAAUACAAAACUUACCUCUCAAACGACUUACUCCAGAACAGGAAGCUGAAGAAAUUUAUGACACUGGUGGUGAUACUUCACAUGAAACUGAUGAGGAGCCUGCAUUGGAAAGUGAUAUGGAAAUCUCCUUACAUUCCUUGACUGGUAAUGUCUCAGGGGACACUAUCAGAAUUCCUGGUUUUAUUAAGAAGAAGGACAUUUCCAUAUUGAUUGAUACUGGUAGCACCCACAGAUUUAUAGAUUCUGCUUUAGCUGCUAGUUUACAGUGUUCAAUUGCUCAAACUGGUAAUUUAUUAGUCACAGUAGCCAAUGGUGAUAAAACUGUGAGUUCUGGUAUUUGCUCUCAGCUGAAAUGGACUAUGCAAGGUCACAAGUUCUAUAGUGAUUUGAGACUACUACAUUUAGGUGGAUGUGACAUUGUUUUGGGUGCAGAUUGUUUAAGGAACUUGGGAGAUGUUCUUUUCAACUUGUCCAAAUUAUGCAUUACCUUCAAACACAAAGGUAAGAAGAUCACUUUAACUGGUGUUCAUCAGAAGUCUUCCUUAAGUAUGAUGAGUGGCUCAGCGGUUAAGAAUUUUUUUCAGAAACACUCUCAUGGCAUUGUAGGUCAGUUAUUCUCAAUCACAAGCUCACCUGUCCCACUCACUACCCCACCACCCAUUACAAACUUACUCAAUGAAUUUUCUGAUGUGUUCAAUGAUAAACAAACCCUCCCACCUGAGAAAAAUUUGGAUCACCAAAUCCCCCUCAAUCCCAAUUUGCACCAAGUAUCUCCUUCUGACAUCCAUAAGACAGCUUUCAGAACUCAUCAUGGGCAUUUUGAAUUCAAGGUUAUGCCAUUUGGCCUUACUAAUGCCCCAACAACCUUUCAAUAUCUCAUGAAUGAUAUAUUCAAAGAUCAUCUGGGGAAGUUCAUUCUUGUAUUAUUUGAUGACAUUUUGGUCUAUAGUCCUUCCUUGGAGGAUCACUUACUUCACUUACAAACAACUUUGGAGCUCCUCAGAAGCCACCAGCUAACAACAAAUAUAUCCAAAUGCUCUUUUGGCCAAUCUGAAAUUGAGUAUCUGGGACACAUCAUUACUAGAAAUGGAGUUAUGGCUGACCCUGCAAAGAUAUCUUCCAUGGUGGAAUGGCCUACACCAACUAAUAUCAAAGCUUUGAGAGGAUUUUGGGACUCACAGGCAACUUCAUCCUUCAUUCACCUCAAAAAGGCAAUGUCCACUACACCUAUUCUGGAUUUACCUGAUUUCAGUAAGAAAUUCAUCCUUGAAGCUGAUGCUUGUGACUUAGACAUUGGAGCUGUCCUUAUGCAAGAUGGUAGACCUAUUGCUUUUUACAGAAAACCACUUGGACCAAGAGCUGCUGCCUUAUCCACUUAUGAGAAGGAGCUUCUGGAAAUUGUGCAGUACAAGAAGGGAUCAGACAACAAAGUGGAUGAUGCCCUAUCUAGAAGAGCUCAUUUACAAGCCACCUGCUCAGCAUUAUCCCUAUCUCAGCCAUCUUGGGCAACUGAACUUAUGGCUAGAUAUACUGAUGAUCCUCAAGUUCAACAUCUUAUUGCUCAUCUCACCAUUACCCCUGAACAGGCUCCAAAUUAUACUUACACUAAUGGGGUUUUGAGAUACAAAAAUAGACUUUAUGUGGGCAGCUCUUCCACCACAAAGUCCAAAAUAUUGAACUCAAUUCAUGCUUCAGUUGUGGGUGAGCAUUCAGAAUGGUGGUAUAACACCAAUUACCACACAAGCUUGAAGAUGAGUCCAUUUCAGGAUUUAUAUGGCUACCUCCCACCGCACUUGGAUUUUCCUUCCACUGCAACCACUUCUGUUACUGAGGUGGAGUCAUGCUUAAAACAGAGAGAUGUUAUACUUGAUUUACUCAAAGAAGACCUACAUAAGUAUCAAGAGAGGAUGAAGUUCUUUGCUGAUAAAAAGAGGUCUGACAGGGUGUUUUCUGUAGGAGACAAAGUUUACUUAAAGCUGCAACCUUAUAGGCAAGCUUCUGUGGUUCUCAGGAGGAACUUGAAACUGGCAGCAAAGUACUAUGGCCCCUUUACUAUACUCCAAAAGAUUAGUCAUGUUGCUUACAGACUUCAAUUACCAGCUGAAGCCAGAAUUCAUAAUGUUUUUCAUGUCUCCCAGCUGAAGCAGCACAUUGGUGUCUCUCACAUUCCAUUUCCAACACUGCCUGUUAUGGAUUCAGAUGGUCAGUAUCUUGUCAUUUCUGUUGUUUCUCUAUCCUCAAGGACUAUUAUGCGAAAUGGACUCUCUGUACCUCAACUACUAGUUUAG